GUACAAAUUUUCAAAAUGGCGACCGAGGGAAAUUUACGACAUCGGCCCGGAAAUUUAAAACAACAGAAUAAAAAACAUAAUGCAGGAAAACAUAGAACUAAGAGAGAGAUAGAAAGGGUAGCUAAAGGUCGACAGAGUGUUCAAGUUAUUAGCCGAAGAUUAAAAAAAAAUUUAGGAAAAGAUGAAAGACGUCUUAAAGCUAAACAAAGCCGUCAUAAUAAACGUCAAGAGAUUUUAUCUAAGAAACGGGGUUUGGGAGGAGAUAAUGGACCACCUAUAUUAGUUACAGUUCUUAUACUCAAUCCAAAAAUUAGGCCUGCUGAAAUAUUAAGUCAAAUAGAGCAGUCAGCUGGAUCUGACGAAGGAAAAUGUUCGAAAACAGAAAGUGGACUACUACAUCUUGUUAUGCCUAGAUUCAAAAAACGUUUAGAGUUUAUAUUCCCUGAAAUGACUGUUAUGAAUGUAUUAGACGUUACAAGAGUGUCUGAUGUUUGUUUAUUGAUUACGGAUGGAAGUGAUUUUGGUGAAAGAGAAGGAAAAAUAUUGCAUGCAGCAUUUAGUCAAGGUUUACCAACUGUAGUACCAACAAUUCGUACUGAUGCUAAUGCGAAAACUAAAAAUGUGCUCAAAACAAGAUAUUCUGAUAGAUUUCCUGAUCAAAAAGUAUAUGGAUUUUCAACAGAUAACGAAUGUCUGCAAGUGCUACGUUUACUAUGCAAUCUAAAAGUACGAGAACGUUCUGUAACAGCAAUGCGGCCUCAUAUGUUGGCUGAAAAUGUUGAAUUGGAUGAAGGUGAUAUCCCUGGAUUUGGUACGCUGAAAGUUACAGGUUAUUUGAGGAGUCAAAAUCUUACGGCUAACUCAUUAGUACAUGUGCCUGGUUAUGGAGAUUUCGGUAUAAAAAUGAUUGAAUCUAUACCUGAUCCUAACUGCAUCAGAGAAGUUAGAGAAAUGAGGAGUAUUGAAGUCCUUCAGACAUGCAAUUAUGAUAAAAGACCAUCGCUAGAAGCAGAAGCAGAAGUUGAUCCUAUGGCUGCUGAACAAACUUGGCCCACCCAAGAGGAACUAGAAGAGGCAGACAAGAAAAUAAAAACCAAGAAAAAAGUACCUAAAGGGACCUCAGGUUAUCAAGCUGCUUGGAUUGUAGAGUCAGAUGAAGAAAUAGAUGAUGAAGAUGAUGAUGAAGAUAGCGAAGAAGACGAGGAAGAAGACUACGAAAUGGAAGCAGGCGACGAAGACGAAGAAGAAUCUGAUGAAGAAGGAAUGGAAAAUGCAGAAAAGGACUCGGAGAGCGAAGAAGAAAUGGAAGAAGUUGCUGUUGAAGAUAAUGAUAAAGCGUAUGACGAGAAGAUUGAUCAGGAGGAAGAAGAUCAAUUUGAAAAGCAAUGGAGAGAAGCUAGAGAAGAUGAAAUGUUUCCAGAUGAAAUGGAUACUCCUCAUAAUAUUCCAGCAAGAGAACGCUUCCAGAGGUAUCGUGGUUUAAAGAGUUUUCGCACGUCAACUUGGCACCCUAAGGAGAAUCUUCCAGCAGAUUACGCUAGAAUAUUUCAGCUAGCAAAUUCUAAAUCUGCAAAGAAAAGAGCCUUAUCUACCUUAACAGAAAGUCUACAGGGAGCUCAACCUGGAGCGUAUAUUAGAAUUCACAUUGAAAAAGUUCCAAUUGAAAUCACUAAGAAACGGGGUACUCUAACAGUUUUCGGCAUUUUAGCUCACGAACAGAAAAUGAGUGUUGUAAAUAUUCUUUUGAAACGAUCCUCCGAAUCUGGAACGGACUCAAUUAAAAAUAAGACUCAGCUAAUCUUUCAAUUAGGUUUUCGACGUUUCUGGGCUGAGGCAAUUUUCAGCCAACAUACAAAUGCAAACAAACAUAAACUAGAAAGAUAUUUUCGCCCUGACCGAACUCUAGUCGCAACAGCCUACGCGCCAAUAACUUUUGGACCUGCACCCGCUUUAGCCUUUCGAAUGAGAGGAAAUGGCGACUUACAAAUGGUUGGCUGCGGAUCAUUGUUAAACACUGAUCCAGACAGAAUAGUUUGUAAACGCAUAGUCUUAAGUGGCCACCCGUUUAGAAUUCAUCGAAAAGCAGCUGUUGUGCGAUACAUGUUUUUUAACCGGGAAGAUAUCGACUGGUUCAAACCGGUAGAACUUCGAACAAAGCACGGAAGACGAGGGCACAUUAAAGAAGCCUUAGGUACACACGGUCAUAUGAAAUGUGUAUUCGACGGACAAAUUAAAAGUAUGGAUACAGUACUCUUGACACUUUACAAACGUGUAUUUCCAAAAUGGAAAUAUGAUUCAAGAGUUGAAGACGAACCCAUUGCUGAAUUACAUAAUGAUGCUUUCGAAAAUGAGUCCAAAAUGGCUUUGGACUGA